AUGAGUAGCCCACGCAGAAGAAUCGAGACUGAUGAGUUCUAUGUGCGAUUCAAGGGGCCUACCGAGACUCCGUUUGAAGGCGGCGUAUGGAAGGUCCAUGUCGAACUCCCCGACCAAUACCCCUACAAGUCGCCGAGCAUCGGAUUCGUGAACCGCAUCUUCCACCCCAAUAUUGACGAGCUGUGA